UGAUAAAAGCGAUCGGCUCGAACGCACCAAUUCAAUGUGCUAAGUCUACGGUCUUGAAAAACAGAAAUAGCAGGAGAAUUUGAAAAUUGUGGGAGCCAACGCGGAUGUCUAGAGACUAUACUGAUUUCGCAUCUUCCUCUCUGAUUUCCGAGAUUAUUACAAAUACCUUCGAACUGAUUUACAGACAGACAGGCUCUGAAAUAGCCUUCAUUUCAAAUUCUUUGUUCUUUGGAUGAAAACCGGAACGUAAAAUUGAUGCAUGCUUAUGUGAAGCAGCUAGUGAAGAUGUGUCUCCCUGGUAUCUUCAUUGUUACCCUGUUGACCCUCUCUAUUCCUGCUGUCCAUGGUGGGAAAGUCCUGGUGUUUCCUCAAGACGGCAGCCACUGGGUCAACAUGAAGGUCAUUAUUGAAGCGCUGCAUUCAAGAGGUCACAGUGUGUCAGUCGUACGGCCAUCAGACAGCUGGUACAUCAGGGAAACCUCCCCUCACUACAGUUCAAUCACAAUUGAUAUUCCAGGUGGAGCUGAUGAGGAAUUCUUUCGCUCAUUUGUGUCAAGACUAAUACAGAUAAAGAGAGAGGGAAACUCUGCUUGGACUCGUUUUAGUUUGGACAUGGAGUUGAAGGACGGGUUUUUUGAAAUUCACCGCAAAGUGUGUGAGAUGAUAAUCCACAUGUUAGAGAAUAAACAGUUGAUGCAGUCUAUUAGAGAAACCAAGUAUGACUUGGUUCUGACAGACCCAUUAAAUGGGGGAGGCAUUGUGCUGGCGCACUAUUUAAAUGUGCCACUUGUUUUCAAUGUUAGAUGGACUAUAGGUGGUGAGGGUCAUUUUGUUAUUGCUCCCUCUCCGCUAUCUUAUGUUCCAUUUCCUGUUGCAGAGUUAACAGACAAGAUGAGUUUUUUUGAGCGUGUCCUUAACUUCCUUGUUUAUGUCAUCAGGCAGUAUCUGUACAGACAGGCAAUUAGACCUCAUUAUUCUGCUUUAGUUAGUCGUUACUUUGGUCCUGAGGUCGACUACUUCUCAUUGUUUCAAGCUGCUGAUUUAUGGCUCAUGAGAGUUGACUUUGUGUUUGAGUUCCCUCGUCCCACCAUGCCUAACAUUAUCUAUAUUGGAGGGUUCCAAUGUAAACCUGCCAAGCCUCUUCCCCAAAAAUUGGAGGAGUUUGUUCAGAGUUCUGGGGUGCAUGGAGUCAUUAUCAUGUCUUUGGGGACUUUAAUUGGGCAGCUUCCACAUGAUAUAGCUGAUGAGAUAGCCAUUACUUUUGCCCAACUGCCUCAGAAGGUAAUCUGGAGGUAUAAAGGAGACAGGCCAGCUACUCUGGGUAACAACACCUUACUAGUUGACUGGAUGCCUCAGAAUGAUCUUUUAGGACACCCUAAGACAAGGCUGUUUGUAGCUCACGGAGGAACAAAUGGGAUUUUCGAGGCGAUCUACCACAGUGUUCCAAUAGUAGGCCUUCCUCUGGUGUUCGACCAAACUGACAAUCUUUCUAGAAUGAAAGUGAAGGGUGUAGCAAAGGUUGUGGAUUUAGCAACACUAGAUAGAAACAUAUUCUCCCAGGCCUUACAGGAAGUUCUGGAUGAGCCAUCCUACAGGACGAACAUGCAAAGACUCUCCAGGCUACACAGGGACGUGCCAAUGGAGCCCCUGGACACUGCCCUCUUCUGGAUUGAGUUUGUCAUGAGACACAAAGGUGCUGCUCACCUGCGUACAGAGUCCUACAAAAUGCCCUGGUACUCGUAUCACUCUGUAGAUGUAAUGGUCUUUUUACUGACUGUUGUGUUAUUUACUCUGCUGGCUUUCAUUGGCAUUAUCAGAUGUUUCUGUUGCAGGUCAUGUUUGAAAAUGAAAAUGAAAGAGGAAUGAUAAUGGCUUUCAUCUGUACACAGUGUGGUACAACAAUAUGUUUUUACUUGUCUCACUCAUUAUACUUUUUGUUCACAUGACAAAUAUAUGUGGCAUUGAUGUAGACAUACAGUAUUAUUGACAGAUGUUUUAUCUAUUUGCUUUUGAAGAUUUUGCUAAACUUACAACUGUACUUUAACUGUUCAGCCCAUUUAAUCAAAGGUUUGAAUAGGAAAGUCCAAAUGUGCACUUUAAAAAUGAAUGCUGUUAUAGUUGUGUGUGGCUGCUUUCUUUGUGUGUAACAGUUAAACUGAUGUAAAUGUUGAUUCUCCAGAAGACCGUUAAUGAGCUCUGUUUUUUAAUAAAGAUAUCAUGCAGCUUAGAUGUUUGCCAAAAACACUUUGUCCCUCAUUGGUUUGUUCU